UCCUGUCGUAUAAAUGACCUUGCUAUCCCAUACUUCAACAAUUUCACCUCCCUCCUUCCUUGUACAUAAUAAAUUUGUUUCCCGCAAAGCUUGGUUGCAGCAUUUGAAGCGGUCGUCAGCGGAAUCAGGUUCGCGCAGUUGGGACUGCGAAAAAAAAAUGAUUUCAGUUGUAUGAUUCAUUCUGGCGCAGACAGCCCGAUCUUCGUUAUGGCAACAGAAAUAGAAAAGCAAGCCGAUUCGGCUCCAUUGGAUCCCAAACUUUUCAACGCUGUUGAAUGCUACCACCGAUUCUUGCAAGAUCCGGAUAUGUCAACGCCGGUAGCUACAUUCAAGGUUUUCACAGAAUUCAUCAGAUGCAGUCAAGCACCAACCAUGACUGAAUUUCUGGAAACCUUGCGCCAGGUCGGCGAGACGAUCCAAGAUGCUUCAAUAUAUGAUUCCAAUGAAUGGAAAUCGCUCAAUAACAGCAGAACGCGUAAUCCACACAAAGCAACAAUCGCUACCCUUGCUGGAAUCCAUUUAUUCAACCAAUUUGUGCGUCGAAACUCCAGCGACUUCACGGAAUUGGAGGAUCUUAAAGCAACCCUUCUCAACGGAUCAGCACGUAUUUUGGAAAAGGCUGCUAGCGCUCGUGAACGAGUAGCUGAGACUGGUGCUCAAUUUGUGCACGACAAUGCUGUCAUUCUUGUACACUCUUACUCUCGGACUGUCAUGAAUGUACUGCAGUAUGCUGCCAAUGUUCAGAACAAACGAUUCAAGGUUUAUGUUACGGAAGGAAGACCAACUAGUGAUGGAUUGGUGGCAGUUUCUGAAUUGCAAGCUUCCGGGAUUCCAUGCGCCGCUGUACUCGACUCUGCAGUAGGCUUCAUUUUGGACAAGGUGGAUAUGAUAUUUGUAGGCGCUGAAGGCGUUGUGGAAAACGGUGGCAUUAUCAACCAGAUUGGUACCUAUCAAAUUGCUCUUGUAGCAAAGGCGUUGAGCAAACCUGUCUAUGCUAUUGCUGAAAGUUAUAAGUUUGUUCGCCUUUAUCCACUGAAUCAGUACGACCUUCCUUCGAUCGUACCUGAUAUCGUGUCAUUCAGUACUAGACGAAAAUCAUCAUCAAAUGCUUUAGACCUCGGUGAAAAUCAUUCCGUUGAUCUUGCUAUGUCCAACCCAAGCGUUGAUUACACACCCCCUCAAUACCUUACGCUGUUGUUGACAGACUUAGGUGUUCUUACCCCUAGUGGUGUUAGCGAUGAGCUGAUCAAGUUAUAUUUGUAAAAAUACAAUAGCCAGUAUCUUUUUUUUUGUGUAAUACAUGUUUUUAGACCAUCGAUGUGGUUUACAGGAAGUGAGUUGUAAGCGUACAUGAUUUUCAUUACACAGCGUAGUGAUGUCUCCCUCACGUGCCCAAUAUGCCCUAAUCACCGCGGGCUUUCCACCCUCUGGACGCGCUCCAAACAAAAAAGCAAAUAAAAAUGUUUAGUGCGAGUGAG